AUGGCCACCCUCGACUCCCUAAAGCAUGCCCUUAGGCAGAAAGCCAAGGCAACCGCGUCGUCCCCGAUGCAGCUGUUGUCCGACACACAAUACAGCGCUGGCUUUGAUAUCUUGAUGCAAGGCCCAGGGUGGAUGACGUAUCAAGAUUUCAUUAUCCCUCAGCUAUCUCAGCUGCUAGCCCCUCUCUUCAACUCGCGUAUCCAUAUCUCAGCACUAGAAAUCGGACCCGGCCCGAAGAGUGUACUUGGAUAUCUCCCCAGCCGUCUGAGGCAAAAGGUUAGGAGAUACACUGCAUUUGAGCCUAACGGCUUGUUUGCUAAAAGGUUGGAAGAAUGGCUUUGCUCUACUUCUGAGACCGAGUCCCCGCUCCCCUGUCUGAAAACCCCGCCUGGCAUCCACGGAAUUCCAUUCGCUCUGCAGGACAGCAUAGGGAGAGGUAGCAGUACUGGUACGAGUAAUAACGACGAAAAAUACGACAUCAUCCUAUUCUGCCACAGCAUGUACGGCAUGAAGCCCAAAAAUAGAUUUAUUGAACGGGCGCUGGAUAUGCUUGUUGAGCGGCCACAAGGCGGAAUGGUGGUGGUUUUCCAUCACGACGGGGCCUUGCACUUUGACGGCUUGGUAUGCAAUCGAACGGCUUCUUUCCCCACUGGGGUCGUUCGCGUGGCAAAUGACGAUGAGGUACUGGACUGUUUCGCCCGUUUCGUCGCGGGGUUUAUCAUGCAGGAUGCAGACGUGGACAAGGCUAUCCGACUCGAUUGGCGUAACGUGUGCCGCACCUUGGGCCGUCGCGAGGAAACCUACCCAGACCAUCUCUUAUUCAGCUUGCCCAACAUCAUGGCAGCCUUUACUCAGCAUGCGACCACGUUGCCGGAACUAGCGGCGCAGGUGCCACUGGUGAAGGGGGACAAGACAGUUAAAAACUGGGAGGCUUGCCUCCACCGCCCUGCCUCGAUUAUUAGGCCGACAGAGGUCCGACACGUCCAGCAGUGCGUUCAAUGGGCCCUGAAGCACGGGGUCGGCCUGACCGUUGUUGGUGGGGGUCAUAGUGGCCACUGUCUCUGGCCCAACGUUGUCUCGGUCGACAUGGGCGCCUUUAACCAAGUACACAUUCUCAGGGCGGGGGAGGAUGGAGGAGAUUCUGGUUCCGAUCCCGGUUGCUUGGUCGUCGCUGAGGCCGGCUGCAAAACGGAGGAUAUCGUCCGCAAGGCCAUGGCAGCAGGUGUGACAGUACCCCUAGGAGCUCGCCCAAGCGUAGGUGCAGGGCUAUGGCUACAAGGCGGCAUUGGGCACCUGGCUAGGUUGCACGGGCUCACUUGCGACGCUAUUGUUGGUGCCGUUGUGGUCAGCGUCGACCCUACUUGUGGCAAAAUCCUCUGCAUCGGCCAUGUACCAAGCCAACAACAGCCCGCUGGUGCCGUUCACCCGGAAAACGGACUCGAUCUAUUAUGGGCGAUGAAAGGUGCUGGGACUAACUUUGGCAUCGUGGUCAGUGUGACAUUCAAGGCUUUCGCAGCUCCGACCUACUUGACUCGAAAUUGGGUUGUCCCGCUUAUUGACAACCUCGAUGCGCGGCUCAGGCUCAGCGAAUUUGAUAAACUCAUCGCCAGGAAGCUCCACUGGAACUGUUCUGCAGACGCAUAUCUGUACUGGGACGCCGGUCAGCUGCAUCUUGGCGUGACCAUGUUCGAAUCUUCCACAACUGGGCUCACCUUUGCAACACCCACACCCGUAGACGCAACCCCGGGACUGGAAGAUGACCCUAAGGUCGUGGACAGCGUUAGUUUGUUCGAGACCGAGAUGUACGUGUCCAGGAUGCAUGGCGGGCACGGCGGCGGCAAGACCUCAUCGUUCAAGCGAUGUUUAUUCUUGAAACACAUCGGAGAAGCGAAUGUCGCCGACCACUUAAUAGCGGCGGUUGAGACUCGUCCCUCGCCGCUCUGCUAUCUCCAUCUGCUGCAAGGUGGUGGAGCGGUCGGCAACGUUGCGGCCGAUGCCGCUGCUUUUGGCUGUCGAGACUGGGACUUUGCCUGUGUGAUAACCGGUGUCUGGCCCCGCGAUCAAGAUGGCACCGAGGUCGCACGAUCUGCUGUGCAGUGGGUUUACAGUGUCGCCGGGGACUUGUUGUCCCUAAGUAGCGGAGCUUACGGCGCCGACCUUGGACCAGACCCUCGAGACGCCGCGCUGGCGGCUAAAGCGUUUGGGCCAAACGGGCCGCGCCUAGCCCGUCUCAAACAAACCUUGGACCCACAUAGUGUGCUAGCUUACGCUUGUCCACUCCCGAAAACGCUGAUGGAACGUAAGCUUAUCAUUCUUGUUACGGGCGAAAGCUGCGCCGGCAAGGACUUUUGUGCCAACGUCUGGGUCUCCAUGCUCAAAAACCUUACGGCGCGUGCAGUCAGCAUUAGCGAUAUGACGAAGCGAGAAUACGCGGCGGCUACGGGUGCCGACCUGAGCCUCCUGCUUUCGAACCGUGCCUACAAGGAGCAACACCGGCCAGCGUUGACUACAUUUUUCCAAGAACAGGUGCGACAACGACCUCGGCUGCCAGAGGAACAUUUUCUGAAUGUCGUGUACAGCGCAGUAGAUGUGGACGUACUGCUAAUCACUGGGAUGAGAGACAAGGCGCCGGUCGCAGCCUUUUCGCAUUUAGUGCCAGACAGGUUACUCGAGGUUCACGUCCAAGCUAGUGAACAGACGCGGUGGACUCGCCGAGGGUUCCAUGGUGGUAACAGCGAUGGUGACGACAACAAGGACAGCAACAAUAGCAGGUCGAAUUUGACGGCCUUGGACUGCCGUCCUAAUCUCAUCUUCAACAACGACACAACCGGAAAUGAGGCAGCAAAGAGGUUUGCCGAACGUUACCUACUUCCUUUCUUCCACGAGGACCUGCAGCGACUGGCCAAUAUGGUGCGCCCGAUACCCGAUUUCCCACGCCCGGGCAUCGAGUUCCGCCACGUGCUCGGCAUCUCCCAGCAACCGGGUGGGCUCGCCUUGUGCACGUCUCUGCUGCAAACCCACUUCACCGGUGACUGGGCCAAAGUCGAUGCGUUGGCGUGUUGUGAGGCCGGUGGAUUAGUCUAUGCGUCGGCCUUGGCCUCACUAGUCAAUUUGCCUCUGGUGCUGAUUCGCGAAGCUGGCAAACUCCCCCCUCCCACCCUUUCUGUUAUCAAGCCCCCGUCGCAUAUUUCGUCUUUGGCAUCCAACGAUUCGAAAGAGAAGCGGAUCGAGAUGGAGCGGGAUGUAGUCCCCAGGGGCGCAUCAGUGGUGGUGGUGGACGAUGUGCUUUCCACGGGGAAGACGCUUUGCGCAGUGCUACAGCUAUUAGAUGAAGCUGGCGUCGGUGCCGAGGAUGUCAGCGUCAUGGCCGUGGCCGAGUUCCCAGUUCACCGUGGCCGGGAACUCCUACGCCAACGUGGGUUUGGCAGAAUUAAUAUUCAAAGCCUUUUGGUCUUUGGUGGUGCGUAGGAAGGAAAGGAUCUCGGAAUUUAAGAUUUGUAAUAGGAAUAACUUGUGAGAUGCAUGAUUUGGUCAAUUGGCAACUUCUGCCUAUCAUUUAUCUCAGUGGGCAGGUUUCAUAUGCAAAUUAGUCUUUAUGCUCCUUCAAUCAAUCUCGCUGUCACGACUAGGGUCGAAGAGUGGGCAGCUAAGGGCAGGCCCAAGACCAACGGAACGCGAAUGGAUUGGAAGGAGAGAAAGAACAUUAACCUACGCCAGAGGGAGGUGAGCCAUAGCAGGACGAAAAGCACAAGGAACGAAUUUAGUAACCCUUAAAAUUCCAGUAGGAGUUCUAAAACAUAGCGCAACAACAAAA